UACUCUUAUUGGCUGGCAUUGGCCUCGAGCGAAAUCGUUCUUUAAUGGUUGUUAAAAGGUUGUGUGUGACGCAACUGGACCAACACUAGGAGCCGUUUGGAAGAACUCUCUAGAACAACAUUAGGCUUGGCUUAAAAUCUUAAACAUGCCUCGAGUCUACAUUGGCCGAUUAAGUUAUCAAGUUCGCGAAAAGGACCUUCAGCGUUUCUUCAGCGGAUAUGGAAAACUGAUGGAAAUAGACCUGAAAAAUGGCUAUGGAUUCGUGGAGUUUGAAGACAACCGGGACGCUGACGAUGCCGUGUAUGAGCUGAAUGGAAAGGAGCUAUGUGGAGAGCGUGUGAUCGUCGAGCAUGCCCGGGGCCCACGAAGAGAUCGAGACGGCUACGGUGGGGGUUACUGGGGCGGAGGGCGCAGUAGUGGUUAUAGCAGCAGCAGGAGCCGCUCUGGAAGAGACAAGUAUGGACCUCCAGUCCGUACGGAGUACCGUCUUAUUGUGGAAAACUUGUCAAGUCGCUGCAGUUGGCAGGACCUCAAGGACUUCAUGCGUCAGGCAGGUGAGGUGACUUAUGCAGACGCCCACAAGGAACGAACCAAUGAGGGGGUGAUUGAGUUCCGGACCCGUUCUGACAUGAAACGAGCUUUGGACAAGUUGGACGGCACAGACAUCAACGGGCGCAAGAUUCGGUUGGUGGAGGACAGACCGCGCAAACAAAGGUCUUACUCUGGGAGUCGCUCCAGAUCUCGAAGCCGACGCCGCUCCCGCAGCAGAAGCUCAAGGAGUCACUCCAGGUCUCACUCCAGAUCUCGUUCCCGAAGCAACAAGAGAAGGCAUCGCUCUCGCUCAAGGUCUGACCGGAAGUCUCGUUCCAAGUCAGGAGAGCGGAAAUCCCGUUCUGGCUCCCGCAGAUCCCGUUCUGGCUCCCGCAAGUCCAAAUCUCGCUCACGGUCACACAAGUCCCGUUCAGCUGACCGGAAAUCUAAGUCACGUUCUAAGAGCCGCUCCAGGUCACGUUCUAAGAGCCGCUCCAGGUCACGUUCUAAGAGCCGCUCCAAGUCACGUUCCAAGAGCCGCUCUAAAGUUAAGUCAGAGCGGGAUUCUCGUAGCAGAUCCAAGGAGAUGGAUGCUGCUGUUGACAAGAAGUCCCGCAGCCGUUCACCUUCCCCUGUGGAAAAUGGCAAAGAGGAGCGUGAUGCCAAAUCUGCUUCCCGCUCUCCAUCCCCACAUAAAGAAGAACGUCGCUCUAAAUCCAGAGAGAAGCGUUCAGCUUCCCGCUCAGUCUCCCGCUCAAGGUCUCGUUCAAGAUCUAGAUCAGCCUCUCAGGAUUAGAUGUUUGAUAGUUGUUUAAGUUUUAUUAUAAGGCUGUAAAUAAUAAGCAGUGUCACAUGUCUCUGCUUCCUUACUUUGUUUCCCUUUCCUCUUUAAAAGUGUGUUUUGACAUGCAGAUGAUAAAUGCUGAUUAUCAGGGCUGUUUUUUUUGGAGUUGGUAUUAAAACUUUCAUCCGGGAAAUAUCUCACAAUUGUCUUCCAGUUUAGAAUUUCUCCGAUCCCUUAAAUUUAAACCUUUACUUUCCCCAUAGAAAUCUGUUUUUCUCAGAAGUGUUCACCAAUCGUAAAUCUGCUAUCAGUACACUGGGUAGCAUUUACUAUAAUACCCUAGAUUAUUAUGCAAAGCAGCAUAUUUUGUUUUCUAACCACAUUAAAAGUUGAGGAAGAAUCGUCUGAUAUUGAAGCUUUAUUAUUUUUUUCUGUUUCCUGGGUAACCUUAUUUUUUUUCUAUCUUGCUUGUAAGAAGAAUUAUUCCUACAUUUGAACAGCUUGCAUUUUAUGUGGGUUGUUAAGGAUAAUUUUUUAUAGAUUGAACAUGAGCUCUGUUAAUGGAUGCAUGUCCCCAACAUGCUUAAUUUAUAAGUUGAUUGAGGCAGUGAAUAAUAUGUAGAAAAUGCCUACAUUGCAAUGUUAAGUUUUCUUUGAUGCUCUAAUUAAAGUCCUGUUGGGUUU